GUGUUUUUAUGUUUUGUUGCAGUAUGAUAAUUCAAUUGUAUUUUCAACUUAUUUAAAUUCUAUUAAAAGAAUUUCCAGCAUCAUUUAUUUACACUAUAAAUUAAGAGGAAGUGGCAUAGUUAUUAUUGCUAUAUUAUAAAAAUGCUAGCCGUUUUAUUAUUGAAUCGAAUGAGUAUGAAAAGGCGUAGUUCUAAAAGGCAAAAUGCAUUUAAAAUUGAGACUACAGUUGACAAAAAGCCUGGCGUACAGGAUUUGUGCAGGACCUGCCUCAGUACGCAAGAUUUGGUGUCUUUAUUUUUCAAUAAGGAAACCGAAAAAAAGAGGUCUGAAGACUUGAAACUUGUCACCGGUUUGGAGAUCAAAAUGGACGAUGAAUUAUCACAGAAAAUAUGCGUCAAAUGCGUUGAAGCCAUAAACAGCGCAUUAACCUUUAGAAGGACGAGUCGGAAAGCCGAAAAAGCUCUGUUGUCUAUGGCACCCGUACCAAAAACAAAGAAAAAACACGAGGGCAAGUGCAAAAAGAGAGUUGCCAAGAAGAAAAAUAAAAAAUGUACUGAAAAUGCGGAUUUGGAUUUUAAAAAUGAAAACGAUUUCGUUAAUGAUGAUGAUAAUAAUGACGGAUUCAAUAAUGACGAUUAUGUUAAUGAUGUAAAUGACGAUUUUGUUAAUGAAGUACUCGGUGAUGGUGUGAGGUCCGACAGUUUGAAUGACGAUACUCUAGAGGAGGCAGUUACGACAAGAAAACGAGUACACAUUCCGAAUGCGUCUUCCUACAAAUGUCCUACUUGUAAUAAGGAGUUUCGUAUGAAAACCACUUACAAGGCACAUUUGAGAUUCCACACAAAUUAUUGCGUUUGUGAGUCGUGCGGUAAACGCUGCAGAAACAACAAUCAGCUGCAGGAGCAUAAACGGGCCCGACACGGUCUUGGCAGGAUACACAAGUGCGCUUACUGUGAAUACAGCUCGGCGACUAAGGAGGCUUUGGUGAUACAUGAGCGGCGUCACACCGGCGAGCGGCCGUACGUCUGCGAUCAUUGCGGCGCGACCUUCCAUCGGCGCUCCAAUCUGGUGCAGCAUAUAGCCAUACACCUGCCCGAGAAGAACUUCCAGUGUGAACAUUGCGACAAACGCGAAUAUUCGCAGAAACGUCUCAACCUGCACAUCUAUUGCCGUCACAAGAUAACCAACUACAGAUUCAUGUGUCCAAUGUGCGCCGGAGUCUUCACCAGGCCGAGGAAUGUGAGGAAGCACCUGACGAGGAUCCAUGGCGUCGCCAGGCCGGAUCAGGGCCGGAUUGAGAAGAUAGAGAAGAUGAUGGUGCCGCUGGCGUCUUAUGCUUGUUAGGGAAUUAAAUUUUUAUUAAAAAAUAAAAAAAAGUUGUAUUGUGCAUUUUUAUUUGUUUAACGGGCCAUUUAGCAUACAUGCAUAGUCACGUACUUUAUUUGCUAGCGGGCCAUUUAGCAUACAUGCAUAGUUACGUAAAGACGUGACUAUGCAUGCUAAAAGGGAUAAAGAUCCCUUGCGGACAGAGUCGACAGUCUUGAAGAGACUGGUUGGCCAGGUUCAGCUGUUUGGCUUAAUGUUAGAAUUGAGAUUCAAAUAGUGACAGGUUGCUAGCCCAUCGCUUAAAAGGAAAAUUCCAAUUGUAUAAACCUAUCCCUGGAUCUGGCACCUAACAAUUAAAUAAAAAGGAAUAGGUCAGAAAUCAUAUGCAAUUAUUUUAGCCAAUCAACUGAUUUUUGAAAUAAAUUAUACAUAUGUAAAUUUUUUGGUAUGGACACAAUAGCAAUUUUUGUACCUACGUACUAAGUACUACAUCAAUU